AGACAACAAAAUGCUCCAUCGAUUUUGUCCAUGCAGUUUUUCAUUCACUGGUUUACAUUCCACGCGGGCAUCAACUUCAUCUUCUUCUCGUGCCUCGCUCAGUACGUCCGCAACGUUGAUCCUCUGUCUGCUUAUUAAUCCGCCCACGACUCGGGCUUCUUUCGCCCAGUGUACGUUCGUCUAGUGGCGCUGUUGCGUGUGUUGCGUGUGGGCGUGACGGGGUCGCUAACCUCAGACACGCCCGAGUUGGUGAGGAGAUCGGCGGAGCUGGCGUCGCUCACGCGUCUCACGGCUUCCUCGGCUGCGGCUUUGCGGCGACUGUGGAACAGGCUUCGCUUGCGUUUACUGGGGAUUGCAGCACCGACGUCCGAACCUCCACUAGAUCCCGAGUCACUCAUGUGGCUUGAGCGCUCAGACACUCCGCUGCGCUCCAAUCCAUCCUGUUGCUCAUGCUGGCGCCGCUCGACCACCUCGCGCGAUUCAAAGUAGACCAAGUCCGGGUCACGUCGGCCCUCGCCGGCUCUCGAUGUGGAUGAAACUCGAUUCUUGUUACUUCCGCUGGAGCUCGGGGGUGGCGACGCGCCAACGGCCUCCUUGUUGUUGUCUCCCGCGUAUUUCUUGUGCAGCACGCGACAAUAAUACCAGCCUGUGAUGGUCACAUACGAGAACCAGAUGAAGGCGUUCUUGCGCAGCUUAGCGCUGCUGGCCAGCGCCGUCACGAAGCCCACGAAGAGCAGCAACAACCACAGCAGCACGGUCAUGAUGGAGAGCGCUCAACUUGUCGACUACGAUCGUGUUACGUCAGUGCGAGCAACGAGGGUUCUUCCGACACCGGCACUGGCUUAAAUACUGGGGACAAGUCGCUAAAUUGGACUGACUGUCGUAAACUAACCAACAUGUCGCAUAUAACGUACACCACACUAAAUAGGAGUGGAUCACAUCACUAAUGCGACCGCUCAAAUUGAUCAUGAUUGCGUCGCUUCAAGGUCCGCAGUUUACAGGCCGCAAUGGGAGACUCGCUCGAGACGUUGAUCGCGCGCACGCAGGAGCAGCUACAGCCACUGAUCACCAAGCCCAAACUGGCUGACAAGUUACUGGCCAAGCCACCCUUCCGCUUCCUGCACGACGUGUUUACAGCCGUGACGCAGAGCACGGGUUUUGCUAAGGGGCUCUACAAUGACUUCGAGUUGGGCUCAGCCAAUCUCAAGGACAAGCCGCAGAAGACCGCCUUCCUGGAUAAAAUGAUCGUUUGCGUGGGCCAGUGUAUCGGCAAGGACAUCGACGUGCGCUCGUCUAAGAUCGUAGCCGGCCUCGAGCCGGAGAACACCAAUAUCUUACUGCAGGGACUCGCCCAAGCCGCCAAGGACACAUCGUUAGACUGGAACAAGGCCAUACAGACCGCUCUCGCUAAGGUUCCGUCGCUCGCGGCGGAAGGAGAAGCAGCUCCUGCAGCGGAAGCUCCACCCGCUGCAGCGCGUCCGAGCUCGAAGGACCGCAGCAGCUCCGCUGAAGUCAAGGAGAAGGAAAAGGCUGAGUCACGACGAGAGAGUAAGACAGAGUCCAAAGGAAGCAGCGAUGGUGCUGCAGCCCCACCUCGGAGUGCAGAGAGCAAAGGUGAAGUACAGGCACCACCCGCGUCAUCCAAACAAUCGGCACCCGCGACCAGUCGUGCUGCACCGAGCCGCAGUAGUAGCAGCAGCAAGGACAACAACCAUGAUGAAGCACUGCAGCAGAGCAUCGCCGAAUGCAAUGGCGACAUUGAGCGCACGAAAACUCUCGUCGAGCAGGUCAUCAGCAAGCCCAAGAUGUCUCCCAAACUCCUGGGCAAGCCUCCAUUCCGAUUCCUGCACGACAUUAUCUCCGAGGUGAUGCGUGUGACUGGAUUUGCCGAAGGACUCUUUUCUGCUGAAGAACUCGACUCGGGCACUAUCAAGGAGAAGGGCCCCAAGAUGGACUAUCUAACCAAGAUAAUCCUUUGUGUUGGCUGCCACCUCAAUGUGGAGAUGGAGGCUAAACCAGCCAAGAUCGUCGCAGGACUGGAACCGGAGGCCACGUGCAAGUUUCUGCAGUUGCUGACGGUCGCAUGCAAAGCAGGCAGCUCGAAAGAGGCCGUGCAACGCGUGCUGGCUGGUGACACUGCAGUUCGCAGUUCCAGUGCAACUGUUAAGAAGCCUGGAAGUCGCGAGCGAGCUCCUGAAACCAAGCAGCCGUCCCGUUCAACUACACCGUCAGAGAGCAAGCAGCGGACAGAUUCUCAACCUGCCGUGGAAGCCAAGGAGAAGCUGAAAGAAGCAGAAUCGGGUAGUUUCUCUGCCCCCAAGAAGCCUAUGGCAGUGAAAAGCAGCGCUGGAGACGCAGACAAUGACGACGAUGGUGGGAAUCUGCGUUUCGAAGCGAAAGGUGACGACGCUGACGAUGGAGGGGCCCGCAUGGGUACGAGCGCUCCAGGCACGAGUGGAACGAGUCGCACUUCGCGCCCCACAACUGCACGGCGCCGUCCACCAAAACUCAAAGAGAAUGUUACUGAGGUGGGGAGGCUCAUGGUGCCUGAUGCUAAAGCAGCUCCCGUUGCAGGCAUCAUGAAGGAUGGAGACAAUAACGAUACUGACAGCGAAGACGAAGCUGCUGCAGGCGAUGACACAUCUAAUCAACCUCAUUCGGCACUUCUACCCGGUGAUGCCGGUGCUCAUGGACGUCUUGUGCGUGACAUCCUCAAGGAUCAAAGCGCUGAAGAAGCUGCUCGUCGUGCUAAGGAAGGCGAAGACACGGCUGCGGCUGCUACAAAUGAAGUGGAGACGGGCAUUCGACUAGGACGGCGCAAUAAGUCGUUCAAACCAGAACGCAUGAAGAGUUCAAGCGCAGCAGCAGCAUCGUCGCUGGCCGAAAUGAACGCGCUCCGUGCAGACAUCCAGCGUCUGUGCCAAGCCGCUAACCCAGUAGGAAAAAGCGUUGAGUUUGUGCACGAAGACUUGGAUGCCAUGUCCAAGGAGCUCGAGUUCUGGCGUAAGGAAUACGCGCGUAAACGCGAUGCCCUGGCAGACGAGCAGAAGCGAACCGAAGAAGCUCUGCAGCCUCUGCAGGUGCAGCUCCGAGAAGUGGAGGAGCAGGUCAAGGAACAACUGCACAAGAUCAAUACGCUCAAAGCUGUCAUUGCCAAGAACGAGGAGAAAACCCAGCAGUUGCUGCGGAUGGUGGUCUCCGCUUGAGUCCUGUAGUAGCUGCACGAAUAAAGUCUAUCAUUCAGAUGUACCAGUAACUCGCAGAGACUAUCCCUUCUUGUCAGUCUGGCUAUCGUCCGAUGGUUGCUUCCUCUUGCCCAAACGCUCUCUCACCUCUGGCAUAUUUUGCUCACGUUGCCGCACACUCUUAGGAACCCACGCCUCUUGCUUUUCGCGGCGCAAGUCGCCAAGUGGACGGAUAGGAAUUCGACCCGAAGUCCACGGCUCAGCCUGA